GUUCUAGUGUCACUGACGUGUGAAGUCACAAUGACGUCAGCGUCGCAGCUUCCUGCAGAGCUGUGGCUGCACGUGUUCAGUUUCCUUUCCUGGAGAGACAAACUGAACGUACGCUGCACCUGUUCACACUUCCGACAGCUGUUGGAUAAAUCCCUCCUUUGGCGGGGCUUCAGUGUCGUGCUGCGCCACUUCUCCAGGUACAACCGCCCGUUCUGGCGCAGCCUGGCUCAGAGGCACGUGGGCAGCGUUUCGGUGCGUUCAGGGAAGAGGAAACACCUGAGGCAGCUGUCCACCUGGCUUCCAGCUCUCCAUGCACUCAGACUGGACGACUGGAGAGAAGGAGUCGUCGACGAGCUGAAACUAUUCCACCGACUGCAGCGUCUGUCCGUCACUUCCUGUUCCGCACCGCUGAAGAACGUGGACUUCCUGUUUCCUCUGAGUCAUCAGCUGACGCAGCUCAGCCUCUGUAAUGUGCAGCUCACCUGUCCGGCCUCUCACCUGUUGGCCGCAGUCAGUCAGCUGACUCGUCUCACCUCGCUGGUGUUGCAUCAUGACGGCAGUCUGAGAGUCCCGACGCUCAGCGGAGUCCUGACUCACCUUACCGAGCUCAAAUACCUGUCCUGGACCAUGAUCACCUACAGGACCCUGUCACAUGACUUCUUCAGCCCCGCACACCCCUCAGGUGGUGGCGCUCUGCAGCUUUCUGACUUGCAGCUGUUGAACUAUGAUGCCUUGGUGACGCAAGAAGCUCUGCAGCCUUUGUCCUGCCUCCACAGCCUGUCAAUCUUCCACCUGUACUCCGUACCUGGGCCCACCUGUCACCUGAAAACCUGGCUGACAUCACUGCCUCAGCUCCGCAACCUCAGUGUGCACGGAGGCCAUCCUCUGGCGGUGUACGCAGACUUCCUGCCGUCCUCCCUCCUCAGUCUGACUCUCUGUGUGGAUCUGCAGCCUGAAGACCUGCAGGUGGUCUCACUCAAAGCUCCUCACCUGGAACACCUGCACCUGGAGCCCUGGAGCUCUUCCUCGAACCUGGUCAGACUCCUCCCACAGCUGUUCCCUCACCUGAGGAUACUCCGGAUCAGACAUCACCAUGUUUCAGACGGGGACUUCCUUCAUCUGCAAGAGCUGCAGCAUCUUGACACACUGGAGGUUCUGGAUUCGUACUACAGACCCAACCCAACAGACCCAAGCUGGGUCGUCUUCGAGCCGAGUCCUCGUCUGUUGCAGCUGAUCUCUGACCUGCAGAAACUGACCAAUCACAGAGUCCAAGUCAUCACCAGCUCACGCAGAGACCCCCUCACCUGCCACUGUGUCUGACCAAUCAGAGAGAAUGUGACUGCACCGGGGAAGAACACCUUGUGUGACAUUACUGGCAGAGGCAGGGCUAGUUUUCAGUGAAACGUUGAAUCCAAAGAAUUUCUUUGACGUGUUUUUAAGAGUUUGUUGAUGUGAAAUAGUUAAAUGUUAAAAUUAUAUUAACUCACUAAAUGUGGCUUUCUGGAGAAAUGUGUGUAAUUACUUCCAGGUGCUAUUGCUGCUGCUUUAUGGGUAAAGUUGAAUGUUGAAUUGCUUCACAUUUUUACAGGUAAAUUACACCAACAAUUUAUUAAUUUAAAUACAUGCUCUUGAACGCCAAAAAGUCUCAAAGACCAGAGUGUUAAGUGGUGUAGUCUAAACAGAUAAAUGCAAAUAUCCAAAAAAAACCAAAAAUAUCCUGUGGUUCCUGAGUUUUUAACAAAAAAACUUUUAAAACUGGCCACAUGGAGGUGCUGCUUAAAAUGUUUUACAUGUUGCUCAGGUGAGAACAUUUCAUUAACAUGUGUUUGACACUUUUCUGCACAUUCCCACAGACUGCCGUUCAGAAACAUGGAUAAAAUAAUUAUACCUCCAUUGCUGCAAAAUAUAUGAAAAAGAUAAAAACACAGUAAUAUGAGUAAGCUGCUUUAAAUGAGAAUUUAAAAAAAGAAUAUAGAGUAAUUGUGUGAUUGCCAGCAAAAAUUCCAAUAAUUCAAUAUAAAAUUCCCUCAAACAAUCACAGUUUGAGGGAAACAUUUCACCUGCUACUGUUUAAACUCCUUUAACAUUAUAAUAGUUAAAAUUUGUUUAUGGAGUUACAAAAUUCAGAAUAAUUCAGUUUUGAUCAAAAUCUUUGAAGUUUGUUUUCAUUUUUAAGAAAAAAUUCUCUCAGAUGGUCUAAUUGUUUUUCUUUUUCUUUCUGUUCAACAGCAGCUUCACAAGUUUGAACUGAAGCUCGUUGCAACAUCAAGGUUUUAGUUAAAAUUGAAUAACAGUAAAUUAAAAGAAUACAUCACAUGCCGCUGUCAAAUUAUUGUUCCCAUUUGAUGUUACUUUUCCUGAAAAAAAUAAAACUGAAUGUUGUUUUCAUGUGGAAAUUAAAACCAACAAAUCACCUGAGCCGCAUUGAACCAUGUGUUCAUAUUUGUACUUGAGGGACAGGAUGUCAUGAA